AUGCCCAAAAAGCAAACGAGCUUCCCAGUAGACAACGAAAACAGACCAUUCAGAUGUGAUACCUGCAAUCGCGGGUUCCAUCGGUUGGAACAUAAAAAGAGACACUUGAGGACGCACACGGGUGAAAAGCCUCACCACUGUGGAUUUCCUGGUUGUGGGAAAAGCUUUAGUAGAAGCGACGAACUGAAAAGACACAUGAGAACGCACACAGGACAAUCUCAAAGAAGGAUGAAGAAAUCCGGCAUACAGAAGCAAGAGUACUUGACUGUGGGCGGGAUCCCUACCAUUGCAUCAGGAAUGAUGAUUCAUCAGCCCAUACCGCAAGUCUUGCCGGCAAACAUGGCUAUCAACGUGCAAACCGUCGGUGGCGGCAACAUCAUCCAUGCUACCAACGCAGUGCACCCCAUGAUGAUACCGAUCAUGACCCAGCCGGCCCCCAUGCAUGCCUCCGCUGCUUCUUUCCAUCCCGCAUCCUCUCCAAUGCCCAUCCCCACGUACACUCCAAUUCCAUCGCAAUCAUUCACUUCCUUCCAGAGCUCGCUAGGGUCCAUACAAUCCAGCAGCGACGUUUCAUCGAUCUUUUCCAACAUGAAUGCUCGUGUAAACACUCCUCGCUCAGUGCCAAAUUCUCCAAAUGACGGCUACUUGCAACAACAACAACAACAACAACAACAACAACAACAACAUGCUCAAUACCAAUACCAGCAACAAUCCGCCAGCCCUUCCGUUGCUAAGCAGCAGAAGACUUUCGCAAGUUCUCUUGCCACUGCAUUAUCCACCCUUCAAAGAAAAACUCCAGUGCGUACCGCCACGCCCACAAUAGAGUCACCAUCUUCACCAAGUGACUCCAGUCAUACUUCCGCAUCCAGCAGCGCCCUCUCCUUACCUUUCAGCAAUGCUCCUUCUCAACUCACCAUGGCCAAGGAGCUAGAGUCCGUGUACCUAGAUUCCAACAGAUACACCACCAAAACCAGAAGAGAAAGAGCCAAAUUCGAAAUUCCAGAAGAGCAAGAAGAGGAUACGAACAGCAGCAGCAGCAGCAGCAGCAGCAGCAGCAACGGUGAGAAGGAAUCCCUAGGCCAUAAGUCCGGUAAGAACAGAAACAAAUUAUCCGGAGUACAAUUACCUCCUGUCCGCAACCUGUUGAAACAAAUCGAUGUCUUCAACGGUCCUAAGUGA